AUGGCCUCAGAUCAGCUUAUUUUGUAUUCAGCGUUAUCUGCAUUGACUAUCAUUUUAGUCGGUGUCUUUCUCUCCAAAGGAGAACCCAAAGAGAGGAAAGUGCUUACGAAUGAGAAAUUCCAGAAGUUCCCAUUGGUUGCAAAGGAAAAGGUCAACCACAACUCAACAUUGUACACGUUUGGUCUUCCAAGAUCGACUGAUGUUCUUGGACUCCCCGUUGGGCAGCAUAUUCAGAUCACUUCUGAAAUCAAAGGUAAGAAAGUUGUGAGAUCUUACACUCCAACCUCGCUAGAUGAGGACGCAAAGGGUAAGUUUCAACUUUUGAUCAAGGUGUACCCCAACGGUAACGUGUCCAGAUACAUUGAUGGGCUCCAAAUCGGCGAGUCGAUCAAGGUGAAGGGUCCCAAGGGAUUUUUCACCUACACUCCCAACAUGGUUUCCAGUCUAAGCAUGAUAGCUGGAGGAACCGGUAUUACACCAAUGUACCAGAUCAUCAAGGCCAUUUGCAACAACCCUGGUGACAAGACUGAGGUGAAUCUACUCUACGCCAACGUCUCUGAGGAGGACAUUCUUCUCAGAAAGGAGUUGGAUGAGCUUUCCAAGGAGCACAGUAAUAUUCAUGUUUAUCACGUUUUGAACAAACCUCCUGAAGGAUGGAGUGCUGGUACUGGGUUCAUUGACAAGGAUUUGAUGGCAAAGAAGUUGCCGGGCCCUUCGGACGAUAGCAAAUUGUUGCUCUGUGGCCCACCUCCUAUGGUUUCUGCGCUCAAAAAGGCAGCAGUCGAAUUGGGCUUCCAGAAAGCCAAGCCUAUCUCGAAGCUUGCGGAUCAGGUGUUUGUGUUUUAA